AUGGCGAACGGGGCACCGAUCGACGCAGUAACCGGUGCGGUCCGCACCGGGCCGCUUGGUGAAGAGUGCACGAUCUAUCCGGCGAUUCUAAUUGAGCCUGGGGAAAAGUAUCGCGCGAGCGAGUCGGUUGUGGUCCAGCGGUACUCGGCGCACUAUGCGUGCUCGUGCCCCGCAUGGCGCUUCCACGCCGAAAAAGACGUGCGUCUCCGCUCGUGCGAGCACCUCGCCGAGGUCCUGGGCGAGGCGUACGAGGCCGCACGCAUGGAGCUGGGCGAGAUGCGUGUCAUUGGCCGCCAGGACCACCGCGUGCACCUGCUGCUGGCCAGUACGUGGCCUACGCGGAGCGACGGUGCGCCGCGGCGCACCGGUGAUGCACUCGAUCCGACAGAUUGGUGGAUCAGCGAAAAGCUCGACGGCGUACGUGCGCUAUGGGACGGACAGCGGCUCUGGUCGCGCCGCGGAAAGGAGUGGAACGCGCCUCGGUGGUUCCUUGAGCAGCUCCCCCGCGACCUUACGCUGGAUGGCGAGCUGUGGAUGGGCCGUGGGCUGUUUGAGCACACGUCAGGUGUGUGCCGCUCGCACCGGCAGGACGAGUGGGAGCACGUCAAGUACAUGGUGUUUGACACGCCCUCGUUCCCUGACGAUCCGGUCGAGGCGCGUUGGGCGCGACUCCAAGCCCAAUUUCCUGCCGUGUCGAGCGAUGCGAUGUCGACGCUCCGUUCCUCUGGCGUAUAUUUUGUCGAGCAUGUCCAGUGCGCCGGCCAGGAGCACCUCGAAACGCUUUUGGAGCACGCGCUCGCAUGCGAUGGCGAGGGCCUCAUGCUUCGGCGCCCUACAUCGCUGUAUGAAUACAAGCGAAGCACCUCCUUGUACAAGCUCAAGCCGACGCUCGACGCCGAGGCGCGCGUCCUGGGCUAUGAAGAUGGGCAGAACCAGAUUGUGGGCCUGGUGGGCUCGCUGAUCUGCGAGACGCUCUCGGAUCCCCCCCGCCGCUUCAAGGUCGGCUCGGGGCUGACCGACGCGCUGCGCCGUGAUCCCCCCGCGAUCGGCACGCUGAUCAAUUUCCAGUACGGCGGGAUAGGGUCGCAAGGUGUGCCGCGCUUCCCCCGGUACCGUGGCGUAGUCGUCGACCGAUAG